UAGAAAUAUGGCUGCGCCCGUUCAAUUUUAUUCUUUGGCGUUUAUAACAGCAAGAUUUUUGAGAAAUUUAACGGCACUGAAAAAUGCCUCGCCGCGGCCUUGUAAACAGAAUAGACAAUACAGUCAGAAUAAGAGAGUACCAAAAAUAUACACAAAAACUGGCGACAAAGGCACGUCUGCUCUCUUCACCGGUGAGCGUCGCAGCAAGGACGACGACAUAUUCGAGACGUUGGGAACGGUCGACGAGCUGUCGUCGGCUAUCGGGGUGUCACUCGAGUUCUGCAAGGAUCAGCAGCAUGCCUUCGCCCCACAACUAGAGAGGAUUCAAUGUAUUCUACAGGACAUGGGUUCAAACAUAGCCACUCCACUCAGCUCUGCCCGACAGGCACAUCUCAGUGAGCAUCAAAUCCACGCGUUCGAGGGCCAUAUCUUCGGGAUCAAGAUAGAUAACUUUACCCUAAAGUCAUUAACUUACUUCUGGUAUUAUUUUAAAGCCAACUUUGUGCUUAACGACCCUCGGUGAAUGCUUUCGAAUAAGAAAUUUACGAUUGGCAUAUAUUUCACAUUCUUAAAUUAUCCUUUGCACAGAAAUAACCGAUCCAUUUAAAUUUAGAAUAUGACGGCUAUAAAAUGUUUUUUUCUCGUUCGAGUUUAAAACUAGUUGUGUGUUUAAACGAGAAAUAUUUGCAUGGCGAGUAGAUCCAGAUACAGUUGCACUUACCAGGCACUGCCGAAAUUUCUAGACGGGUGCAAGGAUAAGAUCGUUGCAAUUGGUUGAUUUGGUUAAUCUUGAAUUAUGAUUUUUCCGGAAUCAUGUUAUUUUGACUCAUGCUACACUGCAUAACAGCUUGGUAUUGACUCGAAAUUAAAAAAAAUUGUC